AUGGGAUGUAGAAAGGAUACACAAAUUGGAAAAGAUGGAACAGAAAAUGAGGAUUCUGAGAAGGGUACUUGUGACAAAAGGAAUAUUAAUGAGGGGAAAACGUAUGAAAAAGAUGUGUCUCCAGAAUCAGAGAAGGAAACUACUUUUCACCAAACAGAUGAAAAAUCUUCCGUUGAAGUUGAUUUGGAAAAUAAAUCCAGCAUCAAAAGUCUUACCCAAAAGGAUGAUUUCAUAGAAGGUGGAACCUCCAGUAAUAAAGAGUUAGAUACCUUCUCAAAUAAUGCCAAUCAGACUGCAGAUAAAACGACUGACUUGCAACUUAGAGAUGCAAAGGAGCCUAUGGGAAGUGACUCCACUGAGGAGAAAAGAGCUCCUAUUGGAGAAGACAUAAAGACUACAGCAGAGUUACCACAGAAUGGAAAUAAGAUGGAAACUCCGCCAACUGAAAGAAAAGUUCCAAUAGCUGGAGGCUCAGUGGAUGAAGGUACAACUUCAGAGGAUUUAACCUUUUACACAAAUUUUCCUGUCUGUAAUCUUGGUUUUUAA